CAUUACAAACCUCUCCCAUCAGCUCCCAAAACCCUAAUAUAGACUGGAUGGACACCUUUCUGGUUCCAUGGGAUAAGUUACCAGAGGAACUGAUACAAAUAUUUGAAAGAGGAAACCGACCAAGUCCACGUAUGAGAAGAGAGAUGGUCCGGAUUGUGGUUCGGGAGAUGAUACAAAAAAAUCGUUGCCCAAGUACGAAGAUUUCUAAUGAAGUUGCCAAGAAGAUGGUAGCAAAAUAUCCUAAAUCUCUGCAAGACGUAAUUGAGGGAGAGGUGGUUGGGCUAGGGUACCACUCUUUGGCUAAGCAGUUGCAGUACAGGAUAGAAAAUGUGAAACGAUGUACAACCCCAAAAAUAAGGAAAAGAAAAUGUUGCUCUGAUGAGUGUGACACAGAUGAAAUCUCUCCAGAACAGAGGGCCGCAAUGCAAGAUACUUAUGGCUGCAUUAACUGGCAUUUAAAAUUCCUGCCCCUUGGAGAGACCGAAGAGAGCCAGCGAGAAAAGAAAGAACAACUGAAGAGGAUGUUUCUGCAAACUGAAACAAAUGCAGAGGAGGUCAAGCAUCUAAUGAAGUUGACUUUCUAUACACAGCGUAAACAAGUCAACCAAGGGGAAAAUAUGAAACAUCUCCUCAAAGAGUGGCCAUUUUGGUUCAGCGAGCUUGGCAUGACAGUCCACUUUAAGGAACUUACUGGAAUUGGGCUUAUAGAAACUUUCACACGGAAUGUGGUUCUGAAGGGGAAACGACUCUUGAACUACUUCAAUACUGUUGGUGUAAACAAGAACAAAAAGUUCCUACAGGCUGUAACAAACUUGAAAGUGAUCAGGGGAGAGCUGAGUGAUGGCUCUGAAGAUGUCAAAGAGAUGUUGCUGCUUUUGUUGUCUUACUUUAAUGAUAAGGAAGACACAAUGUUCUGUUAUGUGGAGGACACCUGCCUGCCAGAGGAAGUUCCGAUGGGUCAAGUUCAUCUGACUCCCAGCCUUGUUGUAUGUGGUCGAUCGUGUUUUUCUGCGAAGCGGUUCAUGCUAUGUGUGGAUCAAAACAUUGUUCACAACAAUAUCCCCUCCUUCAUUUCCGCAGUGUGCUUGAUGUUUGGCAGCUAUUACUGCUUUAAUAUACACUACCCAUCACAGCUGGCAUCAACUCUUGAGUUUUUGCAGAGGUGUUUUUUUUCCAUCAACCCAGAGAAGGGCACUAAGGUGGAGAAGACAAACACAUCACGUCUCCAUGUAAACCCAAGAGUUCUGACCUUGAUUCAGGAACUUUCAGAUCAUGAGUGGCGUGAUGUCUAAAACUUUGAAUAUGGACCUUAACGGUUGUUUUCAGGUCCUGUGUUUUGUUCUUAGGAUUGGCCAGAUCAUUUCAGACAAAAUUGAUACAGACAAGUUUGUGUACAAAUAACUUUAAUAGGUGUUAAAUUUUCUGAUUUGCCAUCAUCUACCUCAAUUUAAAGAGCACUUUGUAGAUAUUGGUAUAUUUGUUUUAUUGCAUGUAAAGAGGAAAAUGCAGUGAUCUUUAAAAGGUGUUAAAACUUCUGUGCAUUGAAUAGUUUAAAGAGAAAAGCUUAUUUCUUUCAUUUUCUCUUUGAGUCAGUGAUGAUCAAGAUAAUAUAUAUAUAUUUUUUGUAGAUGAUGUUUGUGUUGUUUGUAAAAAAAAGUACAGUACACAUUACAAAUUUGUAUGUUAACAAAUGACAGAUGUUUUGUCCACUAAUUUGAUGUGAAUAAAUUGUUCCAAAGCCAUUUUCAUGAUUAUUUUGAGAAAGCAGCAGCCUUUUUCUGUAAAAUAAUAAUAUAUUUUUGAAUAAAUUCACUUAAAAUGUAUGUAUUUAUUACAAUGAAAACAUGUAAAUGAAUCAGGUGUUUAACAAAAAUAUGGGGGCAAAGCAGCAGCCUUUUUCUGUUAAAUAAACCUAUAUUUUUGAUUAAAUAUAUUUAAAAUGUAUGUUUUUCUUACAGUGAAACCAUGUAAAUUCACCAGGUAUUUCACAAAAUCAUUUUGAUGAAGCAGCAGCCUUUUUCUGUUAAAUUAACCUAUAUUUUUGAUUAAAUAUACUUAAAAUGUAUGUUUUUCUUACAGUGAAACCAUGUAAAUUCACCAGGUAUUUCACAAAAUCAUUUUGAUGAACCAGCAGCCUUUUUCUGUUAAAUAAACCUAUAUUUUUGAUUAAAUAUACUUAAAAUGUAUGUUUUUCUUACGGUGAAACCAUGUAAAUUUACCAGGUAUUUCACAAAAUAAUUUUGAUGAAGCAGCAGCCUUUUUCUGUGAAAUAAACCUAUAUUUUUGAAUAAAUAUACUUAAAAUGUAUGUUUUUCUUACAAUGAAACUGUGUAAAUUUACCAGGUAUUUCACAAAAUAAUUUUGACGAAGCAGCAGCCUUUUUCUGUGAAAUAAACCUAUAUGUUUGAAUAAAUAUAGUUAAAAUGUAUGUUUUUCUUACGGUGAAACCAUGUAAAUUUACCAGGUAUUUCACAAAAUUAUUUUGACGAAGCAGCAGCCUUUUUCUGUGAAAUAAACCUAUAUGUUUGAAUAAAUAUACUUAAAAUGUAUGUAUUUCCUAAAGUGAAAACAUGUAAAUUUUACAUUUUUUCCUCUUAAAGAGAAUCUGUAAUUUUUACCAAAUUGUUCUGGCAACCACAGCU